AUGAAAUCAAUUACAAGAGGAAACUAUAAGAAUGUGUUAUAUUUGAUAGAGGAGCAGCUGUUUCCUCAAAAUAAAAACUUAUUUGAUGGAACCGAUAAUGGUAGUUGUUUUCGUAAUAUUAUUUACACAAUAACACGUGGAUAUGGUUUUACUUGGAAUAUUAUUAAGUUUUUCAAUAAUAUUUUAUUUAUAACAUAAAUAUGA